AUGACCACACAACGCCAAAUUCCCCUCAGCGACUUCGCCCUGCUGGAACGCAACACCGAAGUCUCGUCCGUCGCGCUCGGAGGUCGUAUCCUCUCGUGCAGCGAUGAGUGGUUCGCUCCUGCCUCAGAUUUGCUCAAGGUAGAGCCGGCACCAAGCUUGAAGGGUCAGUUUGGGCCAAAGGGGGCUCUCUUCGACGGCUGGGAGACGAGAAGGCACAACCCAGAGUGGACAGAUUGGGUCAUCCUGAGGCUGGGACCCAAGGGUGGGGCUUCCGUCGUAGGAUUCGAUGUCGAUACGGCGCACUUCAAUGGCAAUGAGGCGCCCGAGGUGGAAGUCUUUGGGAUGAAAUUGGAGGAUGACAAGGACGAGAGCGGGUUGAAGGCUACAGAUGAGAGGUGGUCGCCUCUUCUCACUCGCGUCCCCUGCGGUCCUUCGCAGCGCCACCUCUUCACCAUUCCACCCAGCUCAACAGUCACGCACAUCAAGCUGCAUAUGAUUCCCGAUGGCGGCAUCGCCCGCUUCCGCGUGUACGGCACCAUCACCCCACCCUCCGUGGGACUCGGCGUCACAGAAUCCACUUCUCAAGACAGCCGUCUGAACACCCUCGACCUAGCUCAUGUCCUCAAUGGCGGUCGAGUCGUUUUCACUUCGGAUCAGCACUUCGGCAAAGGUCCCAACGUCCUCCUCCCCGGGCGCGGCCACGACAUGGGCGACGGAUGGGAAACUAAGCGUAGCCGCUCUCCCGGGCAUCGCGACUGGAUCGUCAUCAAGCUUGGCGAACCAGGAUUGCUCAACUACUGCGAGAUUGAUACGGCGCACUUCCUCGGCAACUUCCCAGAGAGCGUGGAGCUGCAUGGGAUUGAGAGUAACGACGAGCUGCCUGAGGGAGCAGAGGAGGCGGAGGUGGACGGAGGCAAAUGGACCUCUUUGCUGCAGAGAUCGAAGACAGGCCCGGGCAAGCAACACUUCUUUGCGCUGGAUAAUGUAGAGGGAAAGCGAUAUAGCCAUGUCAGGGUGACUAUGCAUCCUGACGGAGGUAUCAAGCGUGUUCGCAUCAUCGGGCGACGAGCGGCUCCCCUAGCCAACUUCAGUGGCGAGUUGCCCGCCGUAUCGCUACCCGGCUUCAUGGACAAGGCUCUUCCGAGCGAGCCAGCAGCUACGGCCAACAACGCCCUCAGCGCUAUAAGCAACGCAGCCACUGCGGCGUACACAGCCGUGACUUCCCAAAGUGCGUCCUCGUCCGCUUUGAGCGCCCGCCGCAUUCAGUCCGUCCCUCUGACACCAGACGCUUUCAGUCCCUACGGCCAAGUGAUCGCGGGGCCCAGCGGCUCCUUCUCCUCCUCAACCUUCUCAGCCCCCAUCGCCGUCAACCAAGGCACAGCAUCCAAAUGGUCCCAUCAAGCACGGCUCAUCGAUCUCUUCCCCUCUUCAGCAAAAUCACAAACCAACAUGCACCUCUAUCGCUGCGACUCCACGCACAUUUCCACCUCUCAGUCGCUCCCACUCAAGAUGCUCGAAAGGCAUCGCUUCUCGAGCCAGAGCUUUAUUCCCCUCCUGUCCCCAAAUCACAGUGGGCGCUACCUGGUCGUGGUGGCUCAGAAUGACGCGCACACCGACCAGCCGGACUUGGGCACUCUAAAGUCAUUCGUCGCCGAAGGGUCGCAGGGCUUCGCGUAUCGGCCAGGGGUGUGGCAUCUACCCAUGACGCCCGUGGGUGAGGAGGGCGACGGACCGCUCGACUUUGCGUGCAUAGUGGCCGAGAGCGAGGGAGAGCCAGGUCUGAAUUGUGACGAGCAUUGGUGGGAGGAGAGUGUUGCUCAGAUCACAUUGUAG